CACAAGGGCAGGACCGCAUCCCGGAGCUGCCUGAAGCUGCUAGCUCUUUAUUCAGACGUAACCGUUUCUUAUUUGGUUUAUACACCAAAGAAAGUAUCUCGGAGCUUUGCUAUCGAGGUUACUCCACAGCCUCGGCUGGAAAUCUGAGUCAGAAUCGGGAGGCAAGACAUCUCAGAGAGGCUGCCGACACCGCGGAGAAAGUGACGGACGGAGCAGAGCCUGAUCACUGGGAUUUUUUUUUUCUACAUCGCAUCAGUUUAGGAUAUUUCAGGCAGCUGUUUUGGCCCAGCCUUGAUUUCUUUCAGGGUACCUUCACACAAUAUUGCCUAGAUAAUAUUCGCACGAUACAUUUCACCUAAGGUCGUCUAUAGUGAGCAGGCGGACCACUUUAAACCCAUGCGUAACAGCGGUGGAUUUUGGAAUACUGCGUAGCAAUUCAACCAUCCAAUCUUUCGACUGUCGGCUCUGAUAUUUGGAGGUAUCUACAAGCAAAAAGAAGAACAACCAGGACCUUUUACUUUGUUCCGGAGGCUAAACGUUAAAAACACGAAGCGCACUUGGUGCGCAAUCCUUCCGAGGACGCUCCUGAAAUUGCCGACCUGCGCUUUUGCCCUCGACAAAAAUUGGCAGCCGAGUCGAGAAAAAAGGCAAAGCUUAUUAACUUUGCAUGCUAGAGGCUAGAGUGUGGAAUCUAAUUCGCAGGGUUACCGGUAUAUUUGCAUACCAUCGGAAGAGGAGGAUAAACUUAAUCAACAUUUGACAUCGACAAAGCGGCUGCUGGAUUUUGGAGAACAGAAUGAAUCCUUUUUAAUUUGGACCGCAGAAGUAUGAGGCAGAUUGCUCAGUGAAUGCUACAAUCUGCAUGGAGUUCUAGUCUGCACUACGGAGCAAUUUAUGGUUGGCCGCAGAACUCCCCCGGCUGUAGUACUGUGCCCACCUCGCCAUGCUGGCCUGUCUGCAGAGGAGGCAAAACCCUCCACCCCAGCACCCAGUGUGUGCCAGCAAGACCCUGGAGCUCCCGCAAGCCCUUGGACGGAAGUGUGAGCUGGUGGUGCCCACACAUUCCCCACGCUACCCCACUGCGGCAGAACUUGAUGCCUACGCUCAGAAGACGGCCAACAGCCCUCUGUCCAUCAAGAUCUUCCCCACCAACAUCAGGGUUCCCCAGCACAAGCACCUUAAUCGGACUGUGAAUGGAUAUGACACCACAGGGCAACGCUACAGCCCCUACCCACAUCUUCACACAGGGGGCUACCAGGGCCUGCUCGCCAUCGUCAAGGCCUCCUCAUCGUCAUCAUCAUCAACAGCCACCUUUGUCCCUUCAAAAGGUGUUCUCAAGAACUCCGAAGGCAGACGGACUAAGCUCUCUCCUGCCCACAUAGCUGUUGCCCCAUACCCACCUCCUAGUAGUAGCACUUUAGCCAGUGGCCACGGCCAAAUGGUAUACCACACUGGGCCCUCAAAGCCUCCAGAAGGCCCCGUACUGUCGGUUCCCCCAAAUGUCACUGUAGCUGGCUCAGUGAUUCCUGUAACAGGGGGCCGAGGCCUGGCCCUGCCCGCACAGUCCAACCUCCCCUCCAUCCAGAGCAUCAUUUACCAGAUCAACCAGCAUUGCCAGGCCCAGGCUCUGCAGCAGGUGUGCCAAGGGGCUGCCACUGCACCAUCAAAUUCAAGCCCUUCCAAGCAGGGCACAACCGUCAUGGGGGUCUCCUCUAGCUCCUCAGGUGGAGGCUAUGUGGUAGGAAUGGCUCCCCAGGCCAAUAUGGUGUACACAGGGCCCGGGCUGCCAGCUCAAAAUGCAGAGGCGAUGAAGACUGGUGUGUACGCAGAUGGUAUGGACUACAUCCUUUGGCAGAAGCAGCAGCAGCAACAACAACAACAACAGCAGCAGCAUCAACAGGCUGUGCUCCGCAUGUACAGCGGAGGUAGCGGUGGAGGGGGCGCCAUCAGCAAGUCCCCGGAAACUUGUGUUCCAGGGGGAGGGAUUAUGGCAGCACAAGUGUCCUCUUCUUCCUCCAGACCUUACCACCUGACAGCGAGUGCUAGUGGAGGAGGCGGGAUGGACAAAAUCAGCUCUUCCCCUUUGAACUGUGUGGGUAUGCAUGGAAAUUUCUCAGUGGGUCAGUACUUUGCCCCACCAUGGAACAGUGUGUUGGUGACACCUGACAGUGACUGCUACAACCCCCAGGAGCUUUUGGGCACCUCCACAGGAGGGCCGGCCACGGGGCACAGAGAGAUGGGCUACCCCCACCAUCAUCACCACUACCACCAUCAUCAUCACCCUGCUAUAGACAGCGGGGGAGGUUUGUGCUGCAGCCUGCCCAGCAAGAGCUUGUGCAACACAUCGGUGCUGAGCAGCAGCUUGCAGUCUCUGGAGUACCUGAUCAACGACAUCCACCCACCCUGCAUCAAGGAGCAGAUGCUUGGCAAAGGCUACGAGACUGUGUCUGUGCCACGUCUGUUAGACCACCAGCAUGCACACAUCCGCCUCCCUGUUUACAGAUAGAGGGGGAAGAAGAGGAGGAAGAGAAUCAAGAGUUGUGAAUUUGUGAAGAAAAUCAAAGUUAAAGAACAGAGAUGUUUCUUUUUUCUGGGUACAGAUUGUUGAGAUUGGCACUGCUUUAACUAGUGUGGGAGCUUAGAGAAGAGCAGUUGUUGUGCUGUGUGACCGUAGAUUUGGUGGUUUCAAGGCAGGCUGUGGGAAUCCCAAAUAUGAAAGGUGGUAGUGAUUGCCAGUGGGAGAGAAAAAGGGAUUUCAAGAUUCUCCAGAUGUUCCAUUGUGUGGUUUGCCAAUAGGAAUUUUGGAUUGAUUUAUUUUUUCUUCUGUUUUUUGUUGUUGUUUUACUUGCCUGAACUUUUUUGAUGAGAAUCAUAGCUUGACAUGAAGUGCAUAUGCCACUUGUAUCCCCCUUCCAAAUACUAAGGAUGAAGCUACUGUGUAGGUUGUCACUGAAAUGGUCUUAAAUGGGCCGAAGUUUAGGGCUGCUUUCAAAAUCCAAAACUCUGUAACACAUGAACACACACAUAGACAAACACAUACAGAUACACAAAUGUACUGAUACGUGAGGAGACUAAAAUUAUACUCGGGUGUGUAUGUACAAGGAUCAUAAGGUUGAAUUAAAAGGAUAGUACAAUAUUAGUUAUUAUUGCUGUUAUAAUUGAUACAUAAAUUGCACUGCUUGAAUCUUGUUAACUUUGAAGUUUGGAAUUGGGUAGUUUGGAUAUGAUAUAUUUAAGAAACUUGAAAACUUGAACCUAUUUUUUGUUGUUUUAUAUAUUUGUAGGUAUAUUAUAUGCAUUGGCUGCUAUGGGGAAAAGUGUCUCAAAUGCUUUUUUUUUCUUAUCUUGUUUUUUUUCCCACUUUUGUUUUUAUGAUUUAAUAAUUCCUCCUCAAGCUGAUGUGCAGUUUCUUAUGUCCUGGUGUGAGGCAUAGUCGCUGCUUUGGUUCUGUAAGAACCUGGUCGGAGAGCUCUUUUUCUUAACCAACACUGGAAUCUACAAUAAAUCUUGAAAUACUUAUUUAAAAAAGAAAAUGUCACAAAAAAAUAUGAAAAAGAAAUGUUACAAUGAAGAAUGUGAUUGGGAGGUUAUCUACAUAACCUUACGUGUAUGUUUAUGCGUGUAUGUGGCUGAGUGCAUGCGCGUGUGUGCAUUUUAGUUUGUGUUCUUCAAAAUCCUCAGACUUUUUUUUUCUUUUUUCAAUUGUGUCAUUAUAAGAUUUCUACCACCGAGACUGAAAAACUGAUUCACCAGUCCCAUAAACAUCAUAUCUGAGUAAUGUACAGGAGAUACUUUGCAAAUCUUGUUCCCUUUUUUAUCGGAGGCUUUAGAUGGAGCUAGAGUAGAAAUCAAGUUCUCACAUGACUCCUUUAGUUACAGUGCUACAUCUCAUACUUCUGUCAACUGCUAUCAUGAUGACAGAAAGAGGUGGGAACAAAUGGAGGUCCUAUUUCGGGGGUACUACUCACCCCUGAUCCUGCUAACGAAUACAAAAUGAAAACAAUCAUGCCCUGUCCUCUGGCAUCAGAUGAAAUGAGAAGAGGCUCACUGCUUCCCCUUGUCCGUUUCAGCCCCUGGUUGGGAUACAUUUAGCCCGGGCCAGUCUUAACUUGAUGAUUCAGAGCAGUGAAAUAUUUAUUAUGACUGUGAGAUUCCCUUGAAUGUACUGCACUUAAAUUACUGCAAUGUUUUAUUGCCUUGUGGGACUCGAGUGAAAGAGAAAAAUUGGAUCAGUGCAGCAGUCCUCUGGUCUUAAAUUAGCAUUUCUUUUGUCCGUCAAAUUUCAAUGGUAAAUUGAAUUUAGUAACUGGAGAGAGGAAGCAGGAGCUUUGUUGUGGGAAAAUACUGGCAUCAGUCUAGAUUUAUGAAGUGCAAUUAUUAUGACUGUAUUAACAUUUUUUCUCUGAGCUUACACCAAAAAAUGUAAACUACAGUUGUCAAUACAUUCCCAAUGUACCACAUCCCUAAUCCCUAUCCUUUUUUUUGUUUUGAGGUGUAAAAUAAAUUUCUUUAAGAA